CGCCGCCUGGACCACGGCGGCCGCCGUGCUGCAGCUGCUGCGCCUCAGCACUGUCGCCGGCGCGCAGGCACGGGUCCCGCACGUCGUGCUGGUGUGUUCGGCGUGUUCGUGGUUGUCGCCGCUGUUGCCGGUGGGGGUGCUGUUGGCUGCCUCGGGACCCACGGCGGGCUACCCGCUACGUCAGGACAGCGCUUCAGACUUCCUGUGCUACCCGCAAGGUGCCGCCUUCUACGCCUCUGUCCUGCUGCCAUCCGCUGUCUGCGUCGUAGUCAACGCCGCAAUCUUCCUCUACCUGCUGUUCACAGUGCUCUUCCCGGCUUGCAGCUGUGGAAGCGGCGUCGUCGUUACCAGACACGGGCCAUCGCAGCUGCGGCGGCGCGCCCUCACCGCGGUGAUGCUGUUCUUCCUGCUGGGCCUGCCAUGGCUACUGGGGCCGCCGGCCAGGGUGCCUGCACUCGCCUACCUCUUCUGCAUCGUCGCCACGCCGCAGGGGCUGGUGCUGUUCGUGUUCUUCGUGCUGUGCAACAGCAAGCUGCGGAAGCGCCUGAGCAGCGCGGUGCUGACUUCGCUGCCGACGUCCAGCAGCUCUCGGGCGUCCAGCACGCGCAAGCAGAAGAAGCAGCCGCCGGGAACCGCGGACACGUCGCCGCCCACGUCGUCUUCGGCGGUGCCGACGUCCGGAGACGGCGGCGUCCGCAGCCGGCAGCGGCAAACCGAGCGGCCGCUGCAGAAGGGGCCGCCCGUGCUGCUGACGCGCUACGCUCUCGUGGGCGAGGACGGCGAGGUGCGGUACACGUUCGACCUGGGCUCCUGGUCCCCGGACGACGGCAACCCUACUGAUGCUGCCUACAUGCCGACCUCCCCGGAGCGGCGCUCUGUCACCAAGUACGUGUUCCCAGAGCCGGAACCAGAACGAGACGACGACCAGUAACAGCAACUGCUUUUGCACUAUACCGAUUAUCCGACUUCUAUCUCGCCGGAAAGGUUGUAGUCGCACAGGACCAGAGAAGCAACUCCAGUGGACACACACAUUUCGUGCUGAUUGGCAAGUUGUUGGCUGGUGGGACAUGGAAUGAUAAUUUUGCUGUCUUUCGCUGCUUGUGUCCCAUUGCCUGUGCUGAAGAGUUACAGUGUUGUGAACUGCCACAUGGAGUGGCGAGUGGGACUCUGGACACUGCACAUUGCAGGAACAAGUGAUGCACGCAGGGGUUUUCAAGAAUGACAGGGUUAAGCUGGGUUCAGACUAAUAGCUUGUGGCAUAUUGUAGCGGCACAAAGGGUGCAACAAUUUCUAGGUGUAGUUAGUUGACAAUAGUCUGAAUGAGUUCUCAGGGGGUCGUGGACAGCGGAGGAAGCCAGGCCCGGGCAGAGGCUCUUGGCACAAGCGCAACCAAGGAGUUCUGGGGGAACAAGUCAAGCACGAGGACGACGAGAAAGACAGGCAGUGGCGUGCCCGUCAAAGCACGUGACGCCGGAUGUCUUACGAAUGCCAUCAGCCGUCUCCGGUAGGGAUCGAGUAUCUAUUUCAGUCGACAGAAUGAGAUUUUCACUCUGCAGCGGAGUGUGCGCUGAUAUCAAUCUUCCUGGCAGAUUAAAACUUGUGUGCCGGAUCGAGACCCGAACUCGGCACUAUUGCCUUUUGGAGUCUCGGUCCGGAACACAGUUUUAUUCUGUCAGGGAGAUUCAUAUCAGCGCACACUCCGCUGCAGAGUGAAAAUCUCAUUCAGGAAACAUCCCCCAGGCUGUGGCUAAGCCAUGUCUCCGCAAUAUCCUUUCUUUCAGGAGUGCUAGUUCUGCAAGGUUCGCAGGAGAGCUUCUGUUAAGUUUGGAACGUAGGAGACGAGGUACUGGCAGAAUUAAAGCUGUGAGAACGGGUCGUGAGUCGUUCUUGGGGAGCUCAGUUGGAUGCCAGCACGGUAGCUCAGCGUGGUCGGUCAGAGGGCUAGCUACCCGCUGCAAUAAAAAAACUGAGUGAAUGGAGCAAUAAUGAACUUCAAUGGCCGUCAGGGGACGUCCGCCAAGUACAACUGCAACGACCUUUAACGAACAAAAUGGGAUUUAACACCAAAAAAUUUGGUAGAGCUCCUGCUGCCAAUGGCAAAGGUCCCGAGUUCGAGUCUCGUUCCGGCACACAGUUUUAUUCUGUCAGGGAGUUUUAUUUCAGUCGAAUUUAACAGUACUUGAUUGCGUGUUACUAUGUAUUCAAGUUCUCGACAGCACACGACAAGAUUAAGAUCUUUAGUUGGUACAUGUUCAAUUAAAUUUUGAUUUCCCGUGGGCCCAGCACGGAGCUAGGCUUUCGCGAAAUGUAGGGGACAAGCUGCCUAGUGUGACGUCAUAAGUUCGUUGGCAUCACUGCUGAUACAACAUACGUGCUUAUUUAAUUGGCAUGCCACAGCACGACAGUCUCUUCGUAAUGGCUGUGGCGCACGUGGGUACCGUAUUCUUAGCUCGCAAAUGUUGACAUCGGCUGGGCACAAAAUAUUACCUCUCUCCUAAUUUAUAAACUUCGCAGAACUUGUCAGCUUUCCCUCUUUCUGAUCGGCUGCACAAAUGACCAUGAUAGAGUAAGCCUUGUAGUAUCACAAAUAAUAAUCGGUUAGUGAGGAAAAUGUACAGCAAGUUACUUCUACAAAUAACUUACUCUUCUUCUUAGGUAAAUUUUGAAUGAUAGUUAUAAAAUUGAAUUGGCAUGACACAGCACGAGAGUCUGUUCGUAAUGGCUGUGGCGCACGUGGGUACCGCAUUCUUAGCUCGCAAAUGUUGACAUCGGCUGGACACAAAACAUUUCCUCUCUCCUAAUUUAUAAACUUCGCAGAAGCUUGUAAACUUUCCCUCUUUCUGAUCGGCUGCACAAAUGACCAUGAUAUAGUAAGCCUUGUCGUAUCACAAAUAAUAACCGAUUAGUGAGGAAAAUGUACAGCAAGUUACUUUUACAAAUAACGUACUCUUCUUUUUAGCUAAAUUUAGAAUGAUAUUUAUAAAAUACUGCAAAUCACAUAUAUAAGAUAAAUGAAACGUAGCGCGAAAUUUUCAAUAACCUACAACUGCUCAGUGAAAACAUUUCCAAGUUCCUAAGCCAAUCUAACUGAAUAAAUUAUGUUGACUAAUCUCUUAGAUAUCAGAAGAGUAAUCAUUAUGUAACUUACUUGAACAAACAUAAGCUGACGAAGCAGUUUUCAUGCGAAACGAACAGAUGUACCUCACUCAAUUCGAUAGAAAAAUAUUAUCUGUUUAAAUAGCUAAAGAAAAUCAAUUGGAAUAGUGUUAAAAAUGCAAAUAAUCGUUACAGAAAUGGCUAAAUACAGUCAAAAUUGCGUGACCUCCAAUGAAAGUUUACCUGCGGUGGAAAAACUCAUUUCCACAAAUAGACAAUAUAGAAUUUAAAUUUUUUAACUUAUUUGUAAUUUUUUCACGGAACAAUAACUGUCAAACUCCAACGUAGUUGGAACGCCGAAAUACGAAGCACCAAGCAAGAAACAGAAUACACUUUCACAAAAUCAGCCAUAAAAUGAAAAGUUCCUAAAAAUAAAAUUCCAGUUUGGCUCUAUUAUCGCAAUUAAAUUACCUUAGUGUCGUUUUAAUAAUACUUGCAUUCAAAUAAUGACGGUUUCUUAUUGUAUCUUCUUAUCAUAUUGAACAAACUGACUGAAAGAGAUCUUAUUACUGAAAAAUUUAUAUUGUUUUCUAACAAAACGAAGCUCAUAAUUUUUUCAAUAUGAUUCUUUCAUUAACUGACGGAUUAGAUAUUCGUCAACAGCACUCGGUUCUGUAACAACAGUAAAAGUCCAGAAAACCAGCCCACAUAACACUCACUGACGAUAAUGACAAGAACGUGAAGUUAGAAUUUUUCAUGACUAAUGCCAUGGCUCACUUACCAGUUCUCAAUGAAUUUCAGUUGGUGUACCUUACAAAAAUUAUGACAUGCUGUCGAUGCUGUUGAGAUGACGUCUGUUCGGCGUCUGUGACAGUGCUCAAUUAGCCCCAGCUGUUACGAGAACACACUGAUUAAGUACAGACGAUUAGGGACAGAUAGGGACAGACUCUUGAUGUUAACUGAAGCUUGAUUUAUCUGCCGGCAAAUGUCGCUCUCAACGUGUCACGUUAAAUAUGACUUGGGAUGACACUGGCCAGUUUCUCGAGUUGCAUAAGACACACUCAUCGAAACUACACCGUGGCUGGAACUGGAGCACUGAGUGUGCACACUCUCAUGUAACAAAGCAAUGCACAGAAACGUCGCUGAAAUCAUUGUUUAUUCUCUAACAAAUACAAGAACUAACUUUCUCUAACGUUUCCCUUCCAAUAUAACGCUUAUGAUUUACAUAAAAUUAGAAAGCUUGUUCCUAAUCGUUCUACAAAAUGGAUGUCAAACACCAAGAAACUUAUUUUAUUUUACUCGCAGAUGAAAUCUCGAAAUUACAGAAAAAUAAAUACUUUGCUCAUGCAAAUUAGACGCUAUCUAUGAAAACGUUGAUAGAGAUUUGUGGGCAGUGUGCUGUAGUUUUACAAGCUCUCCUGCAUUUCUCGCUGCAGGAACUCUCCCGAAUGAAAGAGCACAGAGGUAAAAUCCCCACAAUGUUGUCGCUGGUGUACUCAUUGAUAUUGAGACUUUAUAGAAAUUAGGGUAACUGCAUGCACAGACAUUCAGGCAUCUCUUGCUUUUAACAUCCACCUCAACAGUUAUAAAAGCAUGGCUAAAAAUUUCAAUCGACGGUACUUUACGCGGCUUCAGAAGCGUUACUACACAGCUAAUUAUCCAGUUUGCGGCAGGCAGAAACACAGCCGUCCUCUCCAGUGAUGGCAGAGCGGCAGCUGCUGCGUACGAGAGUGAGAUCCUACGUCUACUCAGAUGCGGACCUCUUCACAGACUGCAAUACACGCUAAAGUCAGGAGGUAUGAGAAGCUUACUUUUUGGUUAACCAUCGAAGAAUAAUGAAUGCAUAAAUGCCCUAAUGUUGAAAGGUAAUUAAUGGUAAAUACGAUCCGUUAUAGAAUCCGUUCUAGUUCGGACGGGAAAGUCAUACUUCUCGUGAACGGGCACAACCAAAAGUCUUGAGUUAAGGUGCAGCCUGGAAAUGACGCCUGUGUUUCCUCGAUACACAAGUCAGAAGCACGGUCAUCCUAAGAGACUUUUUGCUCCAUCAGUCUUUCACUCUACAGCGAAGUUUGCACUGUAACGACACUUCCUAAUAGAACAAAACCGUGUGCCAGACUAUGACUCGAAUUUGUACAGGAUUUUGUCAACUGAGCUAUUCGAGCUCAACCCCGAUCCAAAUCGUCAUUCUGUCGGUACGUCUCUUCCACUUUACAUAUCCAUCCACACCACGCUGCUGUACUUGCACACUGAAACUUAAUGAGGUCGGCUUCUCCAGCGAAGAAGCUAGGGACAAAAUAAGACACGAUCGGCGAAAAUAUUUUACAUCAACCUUGGCUCAUUGCAAGUAUUACGUCUGCCUGGUGCCAGUAAAACUGACUAUUGCGAAGUUCACCACCUCAACAUUUUCAUCUGAAGAUGGACAAACGAAACCAUUAACCAGAAAAAAAUAAAGAAAGCGGCUUGGGUUGUGUCAAGAUUACUGUGUAGUGAUUAUUCACUGAAGAUUAUGUCUAUAAAAUCGUACAAAAGAUUUUAAUCGCUAAGGAAAUUUCUAUUAUUUUCUUCUUUAGGCAAAUGAUCCCGCUAUCAAGCUCCAGAAAGCCGAAAACUGUUUCAAUAUUUGUCAGUGUGGUUCUCGGCGCUUGGUGUUUGAGACAACGCUUCCACAUCUCGAAAUAAGAGAAAUGUAAGAACCAUUACAAGCAUAUUUGUUUCCACGAUUUAAAGAGUGGAUAAAAUCGUCAAAGAUGGAACGUCUCUGGAAGAAGAAAGGUAACAAACGGAUGGACAUGCUAAGCGGGAAUCAGGCUGAAAAGAGAUGUGGCGUUCAAGUAUCAUUAAAAUAAUUUUCAUCGUUCUCCGGCAGGAUUUUAUUAGAGACACAUUAGGAGCCCACAACUCUUUUCAGUGUACAGGGUUAUUCAUAAGUACCUUAGGGGGCUUCAAACAUGACUGAGCAAAAACUACAAGACACACAGAAAUAAGACACAUAUGGCUGGAUAGGGCAUCUCUCCAAUUUCUUAACCCAUAUUUCAGAUGUUCUAUAUGGGCUCCGUUUCUGACAUGAUAAAUGUCAAUAUUUGCGAGCAAUUAAAUGGGCUGAAAGGCACACCGACAGCCGUCCACUUUAGUAACCGGUUCAGAUGAUACAAAAUAAUUCUUUGUGACACUAUGAAGCAGAUGAACUGUCCACGUGUUCUGCUAU